AUGUCGCAUUCACACCCAACCAAAUCACCUCCCCCUCCAACACCGUCCUUCCUCAAGCUCACCUUCCCAGCCCCCCGGGUGCUCCUCAUCCGCAUGGACCGCCCAAAGGCGCUCAAUGCGAUGACGACCGCCGCCCAGUGGGAGAUGGACUCGGUCUGGAAAUGGUUCGACGCGGAGCCCAAUCUGUCAAUCGCCAUUCUCACGGGCACCGGGCGCGCAUUCUCCGCCGGGGCGGACCUCAAGGAGUGGAAUGGGAGCAUGGCGCCCGACGCCGACCCGAGCAAGAGGAUGGGCAAGGCCCCCGAGUUCACUCCGCUGAGCAGGCGGAUGGGCAAGAAACCAGUCAUCGCCGCGGUGAACGGCCUCGCGAUGGGCGGAGGCUGCGAGUUUGUCGUGAACUGCGACAUUGUCUUGGCUAGGGAAGAGGCGACCUUUGGCCUGCCUGAGGUGAAGAGGGGAGUUGCUGCCAUUGGAGGCGCUUUGCCCAGACUCAUCAGGAAUAUUGGGCUUCAAAGGGCGUCUGAGUUUGCCCUGACUGGUCGCACUGCCACUGCUGCAGAGAUGGAGAGCUGGGGGAUCGUGAAUAAGAUUGUCCCUAAGGAUGGAGACCUGAUCAAGGAGGCGGUCGACCUUGCAGCAACUAUUGCUGAGAAUAGUCCAGAUUCAAUUAUUUGUACGAGAGCAUGUCUACGACAAGGUUGGCAAACAGAUGUUGAGACGGCCGUGUCAGAGACACUGUCGAAGGAAUUCGAGGAACUGCAACGAGGUGAAAAUAUUCUGGAAGGAUUGAAAGCUUUUACGGAGAAACGGAAACCAGUUUGGAAGGGUAGUCGUCUAUAA